GACAACUGGCAGGCCUCCACUUUCUUCACUUAGAUAGAUAUUGUUGUCACCCUGUGCUGGAAAUCCACACUUAGCCACAAAUACCUCCCCUCCCACCUCCCAAAUGGAACUGAGAUCAAUACGCAAUACUCACUCCACUUUGACUGAAGGACUGAGAUAGCAUCGACUCGAUCGCUCAGCCGCUCGACUUAUAUGCCGGCAUUUAUUCAGGACGUUACCACACACUCAGUUUCACGUGCGCUCAGCGGUCAGCCAAGCCCAAUCUCUUUUCUUGCAGUAUGCCCGAUAAAGACCUCCGAAGGCAGGCUCUCGCUCCGGGAAAGACAGUCUCUCGUAAGGCUCGUGAGAGACUAUCGCGACAAAGCUCAGCAGCAAACUCGACAAAUAACUCUCCUACUGGCUCAACAUCGAACUCAAGAGCUCCGAGCAGGCAGCCCUCUGACGAUGAAGACUCACGCAGCGAAGGAGCAUACAGCUAUAGCUCCUUUGAUGAAUACCACGGUGGUGUCCUUGACGUCGGGGACGCGCCUGCGGAGGACUACAGCUACAGUAAUCUCAAUAAUCUGAUCGAGGAACUGAUUACUCGGAAAGGAAGCACGUCAGCAGGCCGAGAGCUCUGCAUCGCAAGGUUUGCGAAUGCUCUGCAAAAUGGAUAUAGAACAGCAGAAGUUGCGCCAAGACUGGCUGAGAUCCAAGGGUCGCUUCUCAGGAGUAUAAAGGAUGGUGAAGUGAAGGAAGCUACUUUGGCUUUGAAGGCACUCACGAUGACUAUUAUAACCUGCCCUGACAAUGAUGCACAAAUAGGCAUGGACAAGACAUUGAAUAAUAUAAUAACUGACUCUGACUCACCACUUGUAAAGGCCGCCGCUAUUCGUACGUUAUCAGUCCAAACUUUCUUUGGAGGAUCAUCUGAGGAGGGUACCAUGGAAAUGAUGGAAUUCCUCCUCGAAAUUUCCGAGUCGGACGGCGAGACCGUUGGUGCACUUGACGAUGGAAAGGUUGUUUCUGCAGCGUUGCAAGAAUGGGGCUUCCUGGCGACCCUCCUCGACGAAGCAGAAGAUAUCACCGAAGUUGCCAUGGAUACGUUCGUCGACCAGCUGGAGAGUGGCGAUGUCAGCGUUCAAAUCGCUGCUGGAGAAAAUAUUGCCCUCCUUUACGAAUAUAGCUACACAGAACAAGAGGAGGAUGAGGACCUAUCGAGUGGUGAGGAAGAUAACGAUGAGAAUGACGCCAUAGAAGAUAAGACCGCACCAAGAAUGAUUAAGCGCUAUCAAGUCUACAGGCGUGAAGAUCAACUGAAGGAUCUUCUCAGUUCUCUUGCCAAUACCAGUGGCCGUGGCGUCUCCAAAAAGGACAAAAAGGCUCUGCACGAGAAUUUCGCGGACUUCGUUAACGCCGUGGAAUACCCUUACCGAGGGCCUCGCCACUCGAAUGCCAUCGACCAGGAGUCAGGGCAACGCCUGGGGUCCCGUCUGCGUAUCAAAAACUUUGGACAGUACAAAGUCAACAAAUGGUGGAAGAUGCAUAGACUGAAUGGACUGCGGAGAGUGUUAGGUAGCGGCUGGAUCACGCAUUAUGAAGCUAAUGACAAUAUUAGCGGCUGUCUCCAUGAGAAGUAGGCAUUUUUCAGAUACCCAAUCAAGAUACUUUAAGAAC